UUGACUACUUAAUCGUUAUCGACUUUGAGUCCACAUGUUGGAAAGACAGAAAAGGUUACAGUCAAGAAAUCAUUGAAUUUCCAGCUGUUUUAUUAAACACUUCAAAUGGAGAGAUUGAAUCUGAAUUUCACAUGUACAUCCAGCCUCAGGAACAUCCAGUUCUUUCCGAGUUUUGCACUGAACUAACUGGCAUUACACAGAGUCAAGUUGAUGAGGGAGUUCCUUUGCAUAUAUGCCUAUCGCAGUUUUCUAAAUGGAUUCAAAAGCUACAAAAGGAGAAGAACAUCACUUUCAGUUCAGGUCAUUCAAGUUCUGCUGCUCCUGAUGGACAAUUGUGUGCUUUUGUUACAUGGUCAGACUGGGACCUGGGGGUUUGUCUGCACUAUGAAUGUAAAAGAAAACAGCUGAGAAAACCAGAUAUUUUAAACUCCUGGAUUGACCUCCGAGCAACUUACAAGCUCUUUUAUUCUCGGAAGCCGCAAGGAUUAAAUGGUGCUUUGCAGGAUGUGGGGAUCAUAUUUGCAGGACGGGAGCAUUCUGGGUUGGACGAUUCCCGAAAUACUGCUCGCCUUGCUUGGAGGAUGAUCCGUGAUGGGUGUGUGAUGAAAAUCACUAAAUCUUUGGAUAAGGUCAGUGGUUUUUCUUCUUGGCACAUGUGACUUGAAGUACAGAGAACAAGUAAAAGUUUGCUGAACCAACGUUCAACUUCAGUGUUGCCCUGAAGGAUUCUGAGCCAGAUUUUUGUCUCAUUUGUGGUCAUCUGUUCCUGUAGUUCCUACAAUCUCUUAAUUUGUUUAUGGAAUCUUUAGGUGCCUCCUGCAAAGAAUUCUGUUGCCAGGCUUUUGAGUACGAAACCUCCCGAUGGCAGCCCUUUGGGAAGGGAGGAUGGUGCAAAACCAGCAUGUUUGAAUGAA